CCAGCGCUUGCAGCCCGGGGCAAUAGUUACAGAUGGGCCAGUGGCUACUGCCCCACAAACCGUUCCGCCGUCACUUCCUCCUGGGUCAUCUACCUAGGCCACACACCCUUGCUUUCCCCUCGCCUUGCCCCCAUCUUGAGUUAGUUGUCACAUCCUGUAGAUUUUACCACCAAAUCUCACAUGCUUGUACAUCUCCUGGUAGACACCCCCCUCCCUGAUCAGACUCCACUGAGGCCACACAGCCACUCCAGCAGGUGCAGAAUCUCCUGGCUGCCAGUAUUGAGGUGAUACAAAGUGGCUGCUGUUGCUCCGGCUGCCACCUCUGUGUCCAGGCUGGAAGACAAGGAAAGGCAGACCCUCCAGGCGAAGCUGCUGCCCUUUCAAGUUCCCAUCCUGGGACUGUCCGCAGCAAAGCUGUGUCCUGCUGGCCUGCACACGGACUUGCAGCUGUACAAGGGUGAUCCAGGGCUUCCCAACUGCACCUGGAAAAGCACACUCCAAUUCCAAGGAGGAAGUGGGGGCCUGGCCCAAGCCGUCCAUCUCCGCCGAGCCGGGGCUGACCAUCCCCCUGGGGCAGAACAUGACCUUCGUGUGCCGGAGCCCUGAAACGUUCAGACUCUUCCGCCUGGUGAAAGAGGGAAUCAGGGUAAAGGAUGAGAGGAGCACUUCACCCGACCAGACCGAGACGCGGUUCCCCAUGGGCCCAGUGGAGGCCAGCAUGGCCGGGCGGUACCACUGUGUCUACCUUACUUCACAUGGCUGGUCUGACCACAGUGAAGCGCUGGAGCUGGUGGUAGCCCCGGAGGAGGUCACCCAGGCCUCCGUCCCUGAUCCGGCUCUGCCCUCAGUGCCUACCUUCUGGAAGCACACGGUAUCCAACGGCAUCCGCCUGGGCCUGGCCGGGGUGGUCCUGCUGAUCCUGGCAGCCAUUCUGGCAGAAGCUUGGUACAGCGAGCGCAAGUCCCAGUAGAGGUGUCCAGAGUGGACAUUGGAGGGCACCCUCCGGGGGGUUUAGACCCCGCAGCACUGGAGCCCAAAGAGGGGGGCUGCUGGCAAUGCAGCAUUGCCAAGGGUGCCAGGAGAGGAGGUACCUGCCGAGUCCAGACGGAACACAGCAGCCCACACCCCAGCCUGCCCUCCGUGGGCACACUGGGCUUCUGCUGAGCACUCCAAGGUGUGCUGGGCGUCCUCUACCCCUUGCCACAGCCCCUUGCCCACGCCUUGCUGGAGAUGGUCUCUCACCCCA